AACAGUCAGCCGGAACCCGCCGAACGCUCCUGCUAUACGGGCCACUCUUUCGUCUUCCUCCAUCGCAAGAAUCAAUAGGUGAUCCCACCUCCGUAGCUAUCCGGCCCGGCAGCCAUGGACCGCGUCUACCAAGCGCUGGUCGCUGCCGUGGCCGCCUUCGCGGCCAUCUCCUUCCCCUGCCUCCUCCUCGCCUUCCUCUGCCGCCAUCGCAAGAACCGCCUCCUCGAGCCGGACCGCCGCUGCCUGUCGUCGUCCUCCCUCCCCGUCCGUGUAUCGACGGAGCUCUCCUCGUCGUGGUCGCUGUACGGCUCCUCCAUCGACGUUUCGCUCAAGAAGCUCUCGCUGGACGACCUCGCCAGGGCCACCGGCGACUUCUCCCCGGACAACAUCAUCGGCGACGGCAGCUUCGGGUUCGUGUACCGCGCCGUGUUGCCGGACGGCGGAGCGGUGGCCGUGAAGCGGCUCUCCGCCGACCACGCCGCCGGCGCCGGAAACCGCGAGUUCCGCGCCGAGCUGGAGGUGCUCGGCAGCCUCAGCCACCGCAACCUGGCGCGCCUGCUCGGCUACUGCGCCGCCGGCCGCGACCGCCUGCUCGUCUACGAGCUCCUCGAGCGCGGCAGCCUCGAUGCGUGGCUCCACGGAGACGGCGCCGGUGGGACGCCGCUGCUGCCGUGGAUCGCGCGCCUCCGCGUCACCCGCGGCGUCGCGGCCGCGCUCGCCUUCCUGCACCACGACUGCCACCCGCCCGUGCUCCACCGCGACGUCAAGUCCAGCAACGUCCUGCUCGACGAGGGAUUCGAGGCCAAGCUCGCCGACUUUGGCCACGCGAGGGUCGUCACCGGCGGCCCUGCCGCGUCGCAUGUCAGCACGCAGGCCGCCGGCACAGCCGGGUACAUGGCACCGGAGAUUCGUCAAGGAGUGGGAGCAAGCAUAAAAGCGGAUGUGUACAGCUUCGGCGUUCUAAUGAUAGAGAUAGUCGCAGGUCGCCGACCUAGUUGGCCGAUGAAGAACAUUGGCGGGAAGGAAGUAGAGCCGUUGAAAUGGGCGAGGGAAAAGGUUGAGGCUGGCAUGUCAUUAGAGAUUGCAGAUUGUCGACUCCAAAUCGAAGUGGAGAAGGAAACAAAGGAGGUGGAAGCGUUCUUGGACAUCGCACAUAGUUGCACGGAGGAGUGUCCUAAGUAUCGUCCGACAAUGAAAGAAGUGGUAGAGAUGCUCACGAAGAUCUAAGAGUCUCGAGUCAAAUGCUUCAUAUGAAUAUUUAAUUGCAAUAAGAAAAUUAAAUGUAUUGAUUAUGCCAUGGUUUUUUUGAUGGGGAUUAUGCCAAGAUUAGAAAGAGCUUCCCUUCUACUGUCUAUA